AUGUUUACUCAAGCUGGGCACCUGGGGCAGCAAAGUCAGCCCUCGUCCCUUGAGAAAACCAUUUCCCCACAACUGCUGGGCGAGGUACGCGACUUUUGGUUUUCUCAUUUGGAAAGUGAGGAUGCCGCCAUCCUGCCAGGCUUCAAUGAGAUGAAGCGUUGGUUCAUGGGAGGCGAAGAGCUUGAUGAUCUCUGCAGCGAACGUUUCAAGCCAGCGCUUGAGGCCAUCAAGUCAUCGAAUGCGACCCCAGAAGCGAUCAUUUCCGACGCCAGCCCAUCCGACCCUGGGGACUGGCUCGCGUUAAUCCUUUUGCUGGAUCAAUUCCCCCGCAACUGUUACCGAGGGUCUUCAGCAAGUCUCGUCUUCUUGAUCUUUGACCCACUUGCCCAAGCCGUUGCACGCAAGGCCAUCGAUCUUGGUAUACCAUUUUCUCGUGACAUUCGAUACCACCUGUCUCGCCGCAUGUGGUUCUACCUACCUCUGAUGCAUUCAGAAGAUAUCGCGUUGCACGACCAAGCCGUGGCUGAGUACGAGCGCAUGGGCCGCGACUUCAAGACGCUCAUGACGUCUUCACCAGUCAAUAACGCCGCUGAGGAGCGUUGCCGUCAGGUCCUGGCGACGGACAAGGAGGCAACUGAAAAGGUUCUGGCUUCGAAUCUUGACUUUGAGAACAAGCAUCGUGAUAUUAUUGCUCGCUUUGGACGCUAUCCACAUCGCAACGGCCCGCUUGGCCGGAAAAUGACAGCGGACGAGCAGAAAUACCUCGACGACGGUGGCGAGACCUUCAGUGCGAACGCGUCGAAGUCUUGA